AUGGUGCAAGGCUUCUCCAUUGGCCAAUCGAAAUAUGGACGCAUCGAAAAGUUUCCCUACCAAGUGAUGCUAAUCGGCAAGCAGUUGUGGCGCAAACGCAUCCUCUGCGGUGGCACUUUGCUCGAUCAGCGCUGGAUACUCACCGCUGGCCACUGCACCAUGGGCGUCACACAUUUCGACAUCUACCUGGGCGCACUCACCGUUGAAGAUACACCCGAAACGGGCCGUCUAGUGCUGCGUUCCAACAAAUUCAUCGCACACGAAGGCUUCAAUCCCGAAACAGCCGCCAAUGACAUCGCACUCAUCAAGCUGCCGGUCGAUGUAGCCUUUACACAGCGCAUACAACCCGCCACACUGCCAUAUCUCAGCCGCAAAGACGCACUCACCGGCGCCAAAGUGGUAGCCACCGGCUGGGGUGCCAACAGCGAGCUAUCCAAUUACAAUCCUAUGCAAUACACCGAACUGCGCGUGAUCUCAAAUCAGGAGUGUGCCAACGAAUUCGACGUCAUUACGAAUGGCGUACUCUGCGCAAAAGGUCUGCGCGAUGAAACCGUUUGCUCUGGUGACUCCGGCGGUCCGCUGGUGCUGAAGAAUACUCAAAUAGUUGUGGGCAUCACAAGCUUCGGACCAGCUGAUGGUUGUGAAACAAAUAUACCCGGUGGCUUUACGCGUGUCACCUACUAUCUGGAUUGGAUCGAGGCGAAAACGGGGAAAAUUGGGGUGCGGGUGCAAGCACAAAACCAAUGGCAAUGGCCAGCGCAGCAGGCACCAAUGGUGCAACGCUUACAACAGGUGGCUGCGGUGCAGAUACCACAACAAGCGCCACAAGGUCGGAGUGCGUUGCGAGUUAACGAUAAUAUUGUGUAACUUUUGGGGGAACGUGUGGCGCAAGCGUUGGGCGGGGAAUUAGAAACACAAAAAAAAAAAAAACACAUUUUGAAGGGGUGUUGAAAAACUUCUGAGUUUGGACUGACUGAAAACAAAGCUUUAAUUAGUGAUUUUGAUUAGUAUUUAUUGCUUAAAAUUGUGAAAAUAUUUUCUAAGUAAAAAUUCAAAAAAUGUUUUGAUUUUUAAGCUAAGCUUAAGCUGCACUUCCCAUAUUGGACCUGUGUGUGAUUCAAUGGGCGGCGUGUAAGUGCUGUGACGCAAAUCGCGCACGUUGGCUGUCAUUAGCGGCGGCGCUGAGCAUGCGCGAAAUUCCGCGCAUGAGUGGC